AUGAAGUGGUUUAUCUUAUUUGUGGUGGCUCUAGCCGCGGGUUUAGCCACCUGCGAUUCCACCUACAACCACUAUCGCCUGCCCACCGCCCUUCGUCCCCAGAAAUAUCAGUUGAGCAUCUUGACCCUUAUGGACAACCCAAAGGAGUCUCGCUUCAAUGGAACUGUUAAAAUCCUAAUAGAGGUCCUGGAGAACACCAAGAAUAUAACCCUGCACUCGAAGGAAUUACUCAUCGAUGAAUCCCAGACAACCUUAACCCAAGUCAACAGUGGCGAGAAACAGGAUAACUGUGUGUCCUCCACUGCGGUCAAUCCUGCCCAUGACUAUUAUAUCCUAAACACAUGUCAAGAACUAUUGCCUGGCAAUAUCUACGAACUGAAUCUGUACUUUUCCGCCGAUCUGAAGGCUCAACUUGAGGGAUACUACCGCAGUUUUUAUGAAGAUCCUGUGGCAAAUGAGACAAGGUGGAUCACCAUCACCCAAUUCGAACCAGCUUCAGCUCGUCUGGCCUUUCCCUGCUUCGAUGAACCCAACUACAAGGCUCCCUUCGUGGUCACUUUGGGACACCACAAGAAAUUCACUAGUCUCAGCAACAUGCCAGUGAAGGAGACAAAGCCACAUAAAUCCCUCCCAGAUUACGUGUGGACAGAAUUCGAAGAAUCAGUGCCCAUGUCGACUUACCUGGUGGCCUAUUCCAUAAAUGAUUUCUCCCACAAACCCUCGACCCUACCCAAUGGAGUUCCCUUCCGCACUUGGGCCCGACCCAAUGCCAUCGAUCAGUGUGAUUACGCCUCGGAGUUUGGACCCAAAGUUCUUCAGUUUUACGAAGAGUUGUUUGGGAUCAAGUUCCCACUUCCGAAGAUGGAUCAGAUUGCAGUGGCCGAUUUCUUUGCUGGUGCCAUGGAGAACUGGGGACUGGUUACCUACAGGGAGUCGGCUCUUUUAUUCUCACCAAAGCACUCGGCGCUAAGCAAUAAACAGUAUGCAGCGAAAGCGUUGGCUCACGAGUUCGCCCAUCAGUGGUUCGGCAACUUAGUCACUAUGAAGUGGUGGACGGAUCUUUGGCUGAACGAGGGAUUUGCCACAUAUGUUGCCAGUCUUGGCGUAGCUCACAUCCAUCCGGAAUGGGACUUCUUGAAAAUGGACUCAUUUGAAAACCUGUACACCAUUUUUCAAAGAGAUGCCAUGGAAAGCAGUCAUCCUAUCUCGAGGCCCAUUCAAACGGUCAAGGAAAUUAACGAAAACUUCGAUGAUAUUUCGUAUAAGAAGGGAUCCUCGGUGAUACGGAUGAUGCACUUGUUCUUGGGAGAGGAGACCUUUCGGUCGGGUCUUAAGACCUACCUUCGGAGGUAUAAGUAUAAGAAUGCGGAGCAGGAUAACCUCUGGGAGUCCCUCACUCAGGCGGCACACGAGAAUGACGCUCUACCCAAGAACUACGAUGUCAAGACCAUCAUGGAUUCGUGGACCCUGCAAACGGGCUACCCCGUGAUCAAAGUGACCCGUGAUUAUGCAGCAGGGACUGCUGAACUCACCCAGGAGCGCUUCCUCCUAAAUCCUGAGUUGUCCCUUUCCCAUAAUGGAGGAUGCUGGUGGGUGCCACUGAGCUACACCACACAGUCGGAGCUGGACUUCAACAAUACGUUGCCUGAGGACUGGUUAGAGUGCAGCCAGAAAGGCCGGAGCCUGCCCAAGAGGAUCGAAAACCUGCCAGGAGCGGACCAGUGGGUGAUCUUCAACACGAAGUUGUCGGCGCCCUACAAGGUCAACUACGAUGCCCAGAACUGGAAGCUCCUUAUUCAAACCCUGAACAGCGAGGACUUCGAAAGCAUCCAUGUUGUCAACAGAGCUCAACUGAUCGACGAUGUCUUCUCCUUUGCAUGGACAGGAGAGCAGAACUACGAGACAGCACUGGGAGUGAUGGAGUACCUUCACCGGGAGCGGGAGCUGCUUCCUUGGAGAGCAGCCUUCCAAAAGCUAACGAUUUUGAGUCGACUUGUUAGAAGGACUCCAAACUUUGCUUAUUUCAAGCGCUACAUAAACAAGCUGAUCGCCCCGCUCUACGAAGAACUCAAUGGAAUCAACGACACCUUCGGAUCCAUCCAGUCCAAGGACUUAAUACAGCUGAAAGCAGAGACGGUAGCCUUUGCUUGCAUCUACCAAGUCUCCGACUGUGUGUCCAGGUCUAAGGACUACUUUCGGGAGUGGAGAUCAGUGGCCAAUCCUGACGAGACUAACCCAGUGCCCAUUGAGGUUCGAGGCAUUGUUUACUGCACCUCAGUUAAGCACGGCUGCGACGAGGAUUGGCAGUUCCUGUGGACGCGGUACUUAAAAUCGAAUGUGGCCGCCGAAGAGGAAACCAUUUUUAAUGCCUUGACCUGUUCGCAUAAAGUGUGGUGGCUACUGCAACUACAGCUUGAAGGGAGCUUGGAUCCAACCGGCGACAUUCGAAUUCAGGAUGAUCCCUCGACUUUUGAUUCGGUGGCCGCCAAUCAAAUAGGAUUGCAUUUGGACAAAAUGUACUUCAUGGAGAAUCUGGAUCACAUCUACGAUGACUUCUACCCAGUGACCACUACUUUAGCAAAACUUUGGCCAUCGCUCUCCAAAAAGGUCAACACCACGAGGGAAUACAUUGUGUUCAAAGACUUUCUGGACAACUCAUGGCAGUACCUGAAGGGCACUAAGCAGUUAGUCCAGCAGACUAAGGAGGAUAUGUUGGUCAGUGUGCAGUGGCAGGAACGAAAUUACCAACAGUUCUUCGAAGCCAUUCAGCACAAACUUAACGAGAAUCACAGCAUGGAUUGGUUUUUGUUACUUUCGGUGGCUUUAGUCGCGGGUUUAGCUACCUGCGAUUCCACCUACAACCACUACCGCCUGCCCACCGCCCUUCGUCCCCAGAAAUAUCAGUUGAGCAUCUUGACCCUUACGGACAACCCAGAGGAGUCUCGCUUCAAUGGAACUGUGAAAAUCUUAAUAGAGGUCUUGGAAAACACCAAGAAUAUAACCCUGCACUCGAAGGAACUACUCAUCGAUGAAUCCCAGACAACCUUAACCCAAGUAAACAGUGGGGAGAAGAAAGAUAACUGUGUGUCCUCCACUGCGGUCAAUCCUGCCCAUGACUAUUAUAUCCUAAAUACAUGUCAAGAACUAUUGGCCGGCAAUAUCUACGAACUAAGCCUGACCUUUUCCGCCGAUCUGAAGGCUCAACUUGAGGGAUACUACCGCAGUUCUUACGAAGAUCCUGUGGCAAAUGAGACAAGGUGGAUCACCAUCACCCAAUUCGAACCAGCUUCAGCUCGUCUGGCCUUUCCCUGUUUCGACGAACCCAACUACAAGGCUCCCUUCGUGGUCACUUUGGGACACCACAAGAAGUUCACUAGUCUCAGCAACAUGCCAGUGAAGGAGACAAAUCCACAUGAAUCCCUCCCAGAUUACGUGUGGACAGAAUUCGAAGAAUCAGUGCCCAUGUCCACUUACCUGGUGGCCUAUUCCAUAAAUGAUUUCUCCCACAAACCCUCGACCCUACCCAAUGGAGCUCUCUUCCGUACUUGGGCUAGACCCAACGCCAUCGAUCAGUGUGAUUACGCCUCGGACUUUGGGCCCAAAGUUCUUCAGUUUUACGAAGAGUUGUUUGGGAUCAAGUUCCCACUCCCGAAGAUGGAUCAGAUUGCAGUGCCCGAUUUCUUUGCUGGUGCCAUGGAGAACUGGGGACUGGUUACCUACAGGGAGUCGGCUCUUCUAUUCUCACCAGAGCACUCGGCGCUGGACGACAAGCAGCAUACGGCGGAAGUGUUGGCUCACGAGUUGGCCCAUCAGUGGUUUGGAAACUUGGUCACCAUGAAGUGGUGGACGGAUCUUUGGCUUAAUGAGGGAUUCGCCACCUAUGUGGCCACUUUAGGUGUGGCAAACGUUCACCCGGAGUGGCAUUCGUUGGACAAGGAGUCGGUGUCUAAUCUGCUGACGCUUUUCCGAAAGGACUCCCUGGAAAGCAGUCAUCCCAUCUCGAGACCCAUUCAAUUGGUUUCGCAGAUUUUCGAAAAUUUUGAUGCGAUUGCGUACGAGAAGGGGUCAUCGGUGUUGCGCAUGAUGCACUUGUUCCUGGGGGAAGAGUCCUUCCGCUCUGGUCUAAAGUCUUACCUUCAGAUGUAUAAGUAUAAGAAUGCAGAGCAGGAUAACCUUUGGGAGUCGCUCACUCAGGCGGCACACAAGAAUGGUGCCCUGCCCAAGGACUACGACAUUAAAGCCAUCAUGAAUUCGUGGACUCUGCAAACGGGCUACCCUGUGAUCAACGUGACCCGUGACUAUGCAGCAGGGACUGCGGAGCUCACCCAGGAGCGUUAUCUGCUGAACUCUGAGGUGUCCCGUUCCCAAAAUGGAGGAUGCUGGUGGGUGCCACUGAGCUACACCACGCAGGCGAAGCUGGACUUUAACAACACGUCGCCUGAGGACUGGUUAGAGUGCAGCAAGGAAGGCCGGAGCCUGCCCAAGAGGAUCGAAAACCUGCCAGGAGCUGACCAGUGGGUGCUCUUCAACACCAAGCUGUCGGCGCCCUACAAGGUCAACUACGAUGCCCAGAACUGGAAGCUCCUUAUUCAAACCCUGAACAGCAAGGACUUCGAAAGCAUCCAUGUGGUCAACAGAGCUCAACUGAUCGACGAUGUCCUGUACUUCGGCUGGACAGGGGAGCAGGAUUACGAGACAGCUUUGGGAGUGAUCCAGUACCUUCACCAAGAGCGGGAACUGCUGCCUUGGAGAGUGGCUUUGGACAAUCUUAAGCUGCUGAAUCGCAUUGUCCGGCAGACUGCCAACUAUGGCUCCUUUAAGCGCUACAUAAGGAAAUUAAUUACACCCAUCUACGAAGAUCUCAAAGGCAUCAACGACACCUUCAGCUCGAUCCAGCAAAAGGAUCAGAUCCUGCUGAAAACCACUGUGGCGACCUGGGCGUGCGGUUACCAGGUUUCGGAUUGCGUCCCGCGGGCAGUAAACUACUUGCACAAGUGGCAGGCGGAGCCCAAUCCCGACGAGAAUAACCCCGUGCCCAUCGAUAUCCGCAACAUUGUGUAUUGCACUGCAAUCGAACACGGCAGUGAUGAGGAUUGGGAGUUCCUGUGGUCGCGGUACUUGAAAGCAAACGUGGCCAGCGAGAAGCUGACCAUUUUGGAUGCUCUCUCUUGCUCGCAGGAGGUCUGGCUACUGCAGCGCCUCUUGGAGAUGUCCUUCGAUCCGGAGGGGGACAUACGAAAGCAGGAUUCGGCAUGGGUCUUUACAUCUGUGGCUGCCAAUGAAGUGGGCUUUCUGCUGGCCAAAAAAUAUUUCAUGGACAAUGUGGAGUCCAUCUACAAGUUCUACCAUCCUCUUCCCAAGGUAGUUUCCCGCCUGUUACCACCCUUAUACGAGCAGAUCUUCCGCCGCAGUGACUACAAUGAGUUCAAUGACUUUGUGGCCAACUCAAAGGAAUCCUUCAAGGGUCUGGAGCAGGCCUCCCAGCAGGCCCUGGAAAUAAUGCUGACCAAUGUGCAAUGGAAUGAGCGAAACUAUGCAAACUUCUCUAGCGCCAUCCGGGAGUUCUAUUAGGAAAUUUCUGGGAUCAACGAUGAACAUAUCUGUCGGGGAUUUCAUAUAUAAAACAUAGUUGAAGUUCCUUAAACUAAAAAUUACUUUCUAAUAAAUUGAGGCCACCCUUUGGCCUGUUCCCUUUUUCUCCCAAAACUGAACCACAUUCGAUAGAUUUAGACAUAUGUGAAUAUAUGCAUAUGUUGUAUAUUUCGUAUAUUUAGUUAAGCAUGUUCUGAUAAUGCUAAUCCAGUAAUAAACAUAAAUGUAAUGGUAAUUCCACACUUCAUACGUAA